AUGUCAGAAGAACCUCCAUCUAGCACCAAUACUACCAGUAUGACCAAUAACGCGACAGUUGACGAAGCGACAUCGUCCAAAUCCACAACAACAACAUCCGAGCAGCAACCCGAAGUGGCCGCUUCUUCUUCUUCUUCUGCUAAUACUUCUACUGCUGCUCCAGUGGCAAAGCGCGGGUCACGGUCUCGUGGUGAGAAAAAGACCUCUGAGAAACGCAAAGGCACCUCGGCAGCGAAUUCAGGUUCCUCUGCUUCAGUUACCUGGCCUCCGCGUACCGAAGAAAAGCGCCGAUCGCACAGUCGUACAUUUCAAACACUCCACACAGGGUCUAAAAUCAAACACCUCAAAAAAUUGGAUGGUGAGCCCCUUUGGCGUACCGAUAUUCAGUAUGACUUUCUUUCCACUGUUUUUCACAACGACCAAAAGGUGUUUCGCAACAGUUACGAAAUCUCUGAUGAACUAUUUUCAUUUGCCGACAUUUAUAUAGACGCCAUGGCGCGUUCUUCCAAAACAUCGAAAAUUCUUUGUGAGAAGCUGUUGGGCGACCGCAAAGCUGGACUCAACAUGGCCAUGGUUUGUCUUCUUGUCAACAUUGGCCGCAUGAACACUACACUGAACUUCUUCCCAGAAAUGCGAGCACAACUACGUACAUAUCACCCAAUUCCAUCACUUCAGACUUAUAAUGAUCAAUCUGAGUACAAACAACUACAGGAUGCUCCUCGUCUUAAAAGUAUUCUCAAGGGCGCUUGUGAAGACCGAGUAGAGCCCUCAACAUUGGACGAGCUUGCCGCUGUUGAAACAUUCCCCAAAACCAACCCCAUUAAUCUUGUUUUUUUAGUUUCUACAUUUGCGAGCCGCGUUCAAGACCGCUUUUUCGUUAGCCCAUAUGAGUUCCAUGACCUUAUCAUGAAUACAAAUUUAUCGAGUGAGUCGCGAGGCAAGGCUUUUUUGUGGCUCAUGUGGACAUUGCUAGAGACAGACUUGAGUCCUGAGCGUCUUAAAGAAAAUCCGUUUGGGGUUGGUCAAAGCGAUGGCACCAAGAUUCCGGAGUUUGUUGUUUUAUCACCUGAACAAUUAACCCAAGAAAACGUUGAUCCUGAACAAGAGAUUGAAUUUGGUCAUAAUAUGACACGAGAGCGGAAGCUAUACAUUGAUUCGAGCCAGCAAAGCAACCAGCAACAAUUUCCGUUUAUCAACUCGUCAUUGGUUAAUCCACCAGUAACGACUAACAUGAAGGGCAAACAAGGUGAUUCCAAACGACGAUCUGCUAGUGGGAAAAAUACGGAGACAGCAGAGUCUGAAGGGGCUGACGACAAGGACACUGAUGAUAAUUCCACACAUGGAGAAAAAGAUAAAUUGGUUGACACUUCCAAAGGUGAACACCCAGUUACACAAUCUGAAGAUGAAACACAGAAGAAAUCAAAAGUCAAGCCAUCAAGCCCUACAAAAAAAGCGGCACGGUCGUCUGGUCGAGCAGCUAGUAAAACAGAGCCUGUUGCACCGGUUUCUUUUAACUCACGGAUAUCUGCACGCGACACACAGUGCCAGAUUGAGAUUUCCAAAAUGCUUCGAAUCAUUGACAACGAAAGCCGGCGUAAGAGAAAGAAGGCUGGAGCAAUGUACCUCGAGUGGAUGAGAAUUAAAGAUCAUGAUCCUUUGUACGACUCUGAUGUGGAGGAUUUCCCUGAGGAGGCUGAUAAGGUUGAAAAGGUUGAGUCCAAGGACCCUGAAAAUAAGGAGGACCUUGCUAACUUACUUGUACAUAAGAAACGCAAGCGGCAUCUUCCACCGCAGGAUUACGUACAUGGGCUUCCAGUUACAAAUUCAAACUCUGCUGGUGCUGGUGGUUCAUCUACCGUAGCAGGUAGCGACGCUGGACUCAAUUACCCCGAUAUUAAUGGUAUAACAUAUAGCGGGCCUAACAAUGAGAAUCUGUUAAGCAAGCCAUAUGGGUACCAUAUUCCUGGAAAUUCUGUGUCUCUUGCGGCAUUAGGAUAUGUUGGUUUGCCUGCAAUGCCUGCUCUCCCCGCGACGUUGGGUAAUGCCAACAACACUGUCAGCAAACUUUCUGCCAAAGUGACUGUAAACAACCGGAUUGACUAUGGUGGUGAUUAUGGAGAGCAAAGCUUGGCGCGAGCGCGAAUGUUUCGGAGAUCAACGCGAUGGUUGCGAGCAUGGGACGCAGCGAGGCGGAUCCAUGAGACUGAGGUGCUAGCACGAAUUGGACGCGAGCGAGAGAAGCGAGAGAAGCAACAAACGCAGCGUGAGGAUGAAGAGUAUGAGCAUGUUCAGCGGGUUCUUCAAGAGGAACGGGAACGACUUGCAUCGGAGAUUGAGAUGGAAUUUGAUAUUGCUGAGCAAGAAAAGAAGGAGCGGCGACACUGGUCACGAGUGGGAGUCAAUCGAGCUGGAUCUGGGUCUGCAGAAGGAACACCUACGGAGUCAGAUAAUGUUGCCGAAGAUUUUGGUCGAGGAUCUGAGUCGCCACGAGGUGAAGAAGAUGAGUCGUCUGAGCAGCUUCCGCUUUCAGCGCAACCGGAACAAUUGGAACAAUUGGAACAACAAGAACAACAAGAACAACAAGAACAACAAGAACAACAAGAACAACAAGAACAACAAGAACAACCGGAACAACAGGAACAACAGGAACAACCGGUACAGCAACAGCAGAAUUCUUUACAGCUACAACAAUCACUGAGUACACCGAUAAGUGUUACAGAUGGACAUGAAUCUGAUGACCAAGUGCAUUCUCCGCCACUGCCUUUAUUACCACCAAUGAAAAAGACUCGCAAGCCACGCAAACCGCGGGGAACAGCUAGCACACCUGCAAAUAAGAAUGGAGGUUCUAAGGUAACAACCGAAGGGGCGAAGGUGAGCAAAGAAGAUGGAGAAAAACCGGUAGCUAAGCGUGGUGGUCGAAAGAAGAUAGUUCCAGCACCAGCACCAGCACCAGCACCGGCACCGGCACCGGUACCGGCACCAGUGGUAGCCCCAGUGACAACAGCAGCCCCAUUAAUAACGGCAGCACCAGAACCAGCACCAACAGCAGCACCAGCAUCAGCACCAGAACCAGCUACAACGGCAUCACCAGCUACAACACCAGUAGCUGUCACUGCGCCAAUAGUUGCUGAAAGUUCGCAGGAUAGUUUUGAGAGUCAAAAGAGCAGCGUUAGCGUUGCAGCUGUGGUUGAGGAGCCGAGUAAUGUUAUUAUUGAGCAAGGAACUGGUGAUAACUUGUUGCAACACCCUCCACCAGUCCAGGGGGCAUACACUGAGUUUGUGGUUGAAUAUCCCAGGCCACAGGCUCUACAGUCAUCUCCUCAACAACAAUCAAUUAAUAUUCCUAUUCAUUCUCCGCAGCAAGCCAUGGUUGCACCUAUUCAGCAUUCACCUCAACAGACAGUAAUUGUACCAAUUCACUCCCCUCAAAUAAACAUGACAGCGCCAUCUAUUCAGCAUUCUCCUCAACAGAUUAUGGCAGCAGCAGCAGCAGCAGCAGCAGCAGUACCUAUUCAGCAUUCUCCUCAACAAGUCAUGACAGGACCCAUCCAACAUUCUCCACAACAGGCUAUGGCGGGACCUAUUCAACAUUCUCCACAACAGGCUACGGCGGGACCCAUUCAGCAUUCUCCACAGCAAGGGAUGACGGUGACUAUUCAGCACCACUUGCCUAUUCGUCAGUCUCCACAACAGAGUAUGGCCAUGACUUCACAAAUGCCAUCACAUCUGCAACAGCAUCAGCAUCAGCAGCAGCAACAGCAUCAGCAACAGCAACAGCAACAGCAACAGCAACAGUAUCAGCAUCAGCAUCAGUCUGUGCUUAAUCCUGGGGGCAAUACUUCUGGAGAUAUGAGUGGGAUGGUGAUGGCUCCAAUGGUGACUACCCCGAUGGGUACGAUGGGGGCACGCGUGUAUACAAAUAAUGGGCCAGCAUAUAUGGUGGAUGCAGGGGCAACAGCUGGUGGAGGUUUAGUACAACCACACGGAUAUCCAGCUCAAUUUCAGCAACAACAACAACAACAACAACAACAACAACAACAACAACAACAACAACAACAACAGCAGCAGCAGCAGCAGCAGCAUCAGCAGUCAAUGCAAAUUCCAACACAACAACAACAGCAUCAUCAUCAUAUGCAGUCAAUACCAAUGCAGAAUUACCCUGGAAUGAUUGUACAAAUGGCUGGGCCAGGAGGGCCGAUGAUGGGGAUGCACCAGCCUGGGCCGCUUGAUAUGUACCACAAUGGUGGUAGUAGUUCUGUGAAUACGAGAGGGCAAGUGAUUGAUCAUUCGGGUAUGGGAGCAGGUGGGUCAUCUUUAUCGCCUCCACCCCCGCAGGGCCAUAUGGUUCAUAUGGCAGGAGCGCAGGCUUCUCAGCAGGUUCAGAUGCAGAUGCCGAUGCAGAUGCCAGUGCCUGUACAAGUAUCUUUGCCUGUUCAGAUGCACAUGCCUGUGCCUGUGGCGGUUUCUGGACAUGGAGGUAUGCCACAUUCGAAGCAAAUGAGUCUUGGGAAUCUAAUUGAUGGGGAUGGUUCUCGGGGAGGUCUUGGUGGUCACAGUACUGGUACUGGUAAUGAUGUUUUGAGGUAG